GGAUGUGUGCCUGUCACUCUCCAUUGCCAUCAAUACAUGGAACUGUGAUUGUACUUGGGGCAGGAGAUACUGCUUUUGACUGUGCAACGUCUGCUUUACGCUGUGGGGCUCGUCGCGUGUUUGUGGUCUUCAGGAAGGGAUUCACUAAUAUCAGGGCCGUCCCAGAAGAGAUGGAACUUGCAAAAGAAGAGAAGUGUGAAUUUCUGCCUUUUCUCUCCCCUCGGAAAGUUGUACUUAGAGGUGGACAAAUUGUUGCUAUGGAGUUUGUUCGAACUGAACAAGACAGUGAUGGAAACUGGAAAGAAGAUGAGGAUCAGGUUGUCCGUCUGAAAGCUGACGUGGUGAUCAGUGCCUUUGGCUCCAUUUUAAGCGAUGAUAAAGUCAGAGAGGCCAUGGCACCUAUCAAGUUUAACAGAUGGGGUCUUCCUGAACUAGAUCCAGAAACUAUGCAAACAAGUGAACCCUGGGUUUUUGCAGGGGGUGACAUUAGUGGUCUUGCUAACACUACAGUGGAAUCGGUAAAUGAUGGAAAACAAGCUUCCUGGUACAUGCACAGAUACAUACAGUCCUUACACGGUGUUGCAGUUUCUACUGUUCCAGAACUACCACUCUUCUAUACUCCUAUCGAUUUAGUAGACAUCAGUGUAGAAAUGACUGGACUGAAGUUUCCAAAUCCUUUUGGCCUUGCCAGUGCAACCCCUACUACUAGUUCUUCAAUGAUUCGGAGAGCUUUUGAAGCUGGAUGGGGCUUUGCUGUCACUAAAACGUUCUCCCUGGAUAAGGAUAUUGUGACCAAUGUUUCUCCAAGGAUUGUGCGUGGAAUUACUUCAGGUCCUAUGUAUGGCCCAGGCCAAGGCUCUUUUCUAAACAUUGAACUGAUCAGCGAGAAAACAGCAGCAUAUUGGUGUAAAAGUAUUGCUGAACUGAAGGCUGACUUUCCAAACCAGAUUCUGAUUGCCAGUAUCAUGUGCAGCUAUAGCAGGGAGGACUGGACUGAACUUUCAAAAAUGGCUGAGGUUGCUGGUGCAGAUGCGCUGGAGUUAAAUUUAUCAUGUCCUCAUGGCAUGGGGGAGAGAGGCAUGGGCUUGGCCUGUGGGCAGGAUCCAGAGCUGGUACGGAACAUCUGUCGCUGGGUUAGACAAGCUGUUCGGAUUCCUUUCUUUGCCAAGCUGACCCCAAAUGUCACUGAUAUUGUGAAUAUUGCGAUGGCUGCACAGGAAGGUGGCGCAGAUGGUGUUACAGCCACCAACACUGUGUCAGGACUGAUGGGACUGAAAGCAGACAGCACACCUUGGCCAGCAGUCGGUGGAGGGCUGAGGACCACAUAUGGUGGCAUGUCAGGAAAUGCUAUUAGGCCCAUCGCCCUCCGCGCGGUGUCUGCCAUAGCCCGUGCUCUCCCAGGAUUUCCCAUCUUAGCAACCGGAGGCAUUGAUUCUGCUGAAAGUGGGCUCCAGUUUCUGCACAGUGGGGCUUCUGUUUUACAGGUAUGCAGUGCAAUCCAGAAUCAAGAUUUCACUGUUAUUGAUGACUACUGCACUGGACUGCGAGCUCUUCUUUACCUGAAAAGCAUUGAGGAACUUGAAGACUGGAAUGGACAGAGUCCUGCAACCAUGUGCCAUCAGAAAGGAAAACCAGUACCUAGAAUCGCUGAUCUGAUGGGAAAGAAACUACCCAGUUUUGGGCCUUACCUGGAACAACGCAGAAAGAUAAUAGCUGAGAACAAGAUUAAACUGAAGGAACAGAGCAUGGCUGCUGUGCUUCCUGAGAAAAAGCAUUUCGUUCCGAAGAAGCCCAUUCCAGCGAUCAAGGAUGUAAUUGGAAAAGCACUGCAGUAUAUUGGAACAUAUGGUGAGCUCUGCAACACAGAGCAAGUUGUGGCUCUGAUUGACGAGGAAAUGUGUAUCAACUGUGGCAAAUGUUACAUGACCUGUAAUGAUUCUGGCUACCAGGCUAUCCAGUUUGAUCCCGAAACCCACCUGCCCACGGUUACUGACAGCUGUACAGGCUGCACCCUGUGUCUCAGCGUCUGCCCUGUUAUCGACUGCAUCCGCAUGGUUUCCAGGACAACACCCUACGAACCAAAGCGCGGGCUGCCCUUAGCCGUGAACCCCGUGUGUUGAGGUGAUCAGU